AUGGCACAGCAGCAGCAACAACAACUACAGCAGCACCAAAGCAACAGCAACAACAACAACAACAGCCUUCUCCUCCUUCAGCAACAGCAGCCCCAACAACAACAACAACUAGAUCAACUACAGCAAUACAAUAACAAUUUGUAUAGCCAAAAUUAUAACAUGGAGGAGUACGAGCGGCGAAAAAGACGUGAGCGUGAGAAAAUCGAGCGACAGCAGGGCAUACAGAUCGACGAUCGGGAGACUAGUCUAUUCGCGGAGCCACGUCGGCUGACCGAGGAUGAUGCGGAGAUCACCGCCGCCCUGGGCGAGUUCGUCGAGGCGCGGGUGUACAUUAAUAAUCAGACUGUGGGUAUCAGUAGGAGUGCGCCCGGCGCCGGCAAUCCGCGCCUGCAGGCGCCACUGCCGUCGCAGGGCAAAUCCCUGGGCCACUCACCCUCCUCCGCCUCCAACUCGGCCUCCUCCUCAGGAGGAGGGUCCACUUCCGCGUCCGCAGGCUCCUCGCUGCCCGGCCAGCAACAGCAACAGCAGCAGCACUACCAGCAACAGCAGCGACCGCCAACAUAUCUGAAGCAGGCGGACAACAAGCCGCCUUACAAUGGCCGCGGCGGCUAUCCCGGUCAGCCCAUGAAGAACGACAUUCCGUCGAGUAGUGGCAUGGCCCCGCCCCGCGGUCCGCCCAGAUCCAGUUCCAGUUCCAGCAGCAGUAACUCGUCCAGCGCCACAAACAAUGCCAGCAGCGGCGGAAUCCCGGCCAGCACGCCGCUGGGGCCACCCCUAUCCACCCAGAUGCCCAACGGGCGGGAGAAGUCCUUUCUUGGCCCACCACCUCCAGCGUUGCACAAUGGGACCGGCGGUCGCUUUGCGCCACCACCGGCUAGUAAGCGACCCGGAGCGGGCCAACAACCGCCGCCGCCAGAGAAGGACGUCAACAAGAUAAUCAGCGAUAUAGCAAAUAGCUUUUGGGUGACGCCUCUCACGUCGAUAGCGGCCACGCCGCAUGCGCCAACGCGGGAAAACUACAACCUGACUGCCCCCAACAAGCAAAAGUAUGCCAUCGAUAUGAUCGGUUCACCGCCCUCCGCGGAACCCUCGUCGCUGAUGACGCCCCUUUUGCUGCCCAUUGCGCCCAUUGCCUCCCCCAUCGCCCCGCUGUUCACAACGCCGCCGCAGGCCAGCCAACUGCCCCUCGGAGGAGCAACAAGUGGGACGACGUCAGCGGGGGAGGUUCUGGCGCCUCUCCACCAACUGCCACCCACUCCGCCCAAGGCAGCUUCCGUUGUGACGUCGCCGGCACCGGCCAAGCCGCUCAAAACGGAAAAGAAUCACUCGCUGGAGAAGCAAGACUCGUGCCUCGAGAACGAUCUGGAGUUGUCCGAAUCGGAGGAUGAGCAGAAAAAGAAGGAAGGUCGAUCGGCGGGCAAUAGCAGCAACAGCUCCGAGUCCGAUUCCAGUGAGUCGGGCAGCGAGUCGAGCAGCAAGAACGAUCUGCAGCAGCACCAUCCCAACCACCAGCAGCAGCAGCUGCAGCAACAGCAGCAACCAUCCCUCCAGCAGCAGCAGCAAAUCCUCCAUCGUCCCCAGCCGCUGACGUCCAACGGGGCUCAGAAUAAGAAGUACAGGCACGAGAUCAUUGCCCGUGGCAGCAAUACAAUAACAGGAUUGCUCAGCUCCAGUGGAUUCGGUGGCGGAAGCGGAAAUGGAGGAGGAGCAUCCACGGCCAACUCCAAUGCAGUCGUCGUCGGCGCAGGAAGUGGAUCGGGUGGAACUCUAAGCAGCGGCGGCAGCUCUUCGAACAAGACGCCCUCGCCAACGGAGAGCAACAAAUGGAAUCUGAGCAGGUUCUUCCAUAAGCCGGCCAACCAGACAAAUUCCGAGAGCGUUUCGCCGGGCAAUGUGAGCAUGAAGGUGCCGGGCAUCCUGCCAGGAGGCGCCCAAAUCAUACCCGAGUCCAUUGAUGUGACGACGGCGAUUGUGAAGAACGAGAAGAUGCACGAUCACGAUGGUCACAUGGCCAUGGAGGAGGGUGAGGAGGAGGACGACGAGGAGCAGCUGCGUUAUGGCGGUGGCCUGAGUGUCACCCCAGUGGCGGUGAAAAAGGAGGCCAUCGAUGCUGUACCAGAGUUGUCCCUUGGAGCGAUACCAAAAACCCAAAUUAAACGCGAGUCGGCGGAGGCAUUGAUCGCGGCCCGACUCUCGGAUUCCGGGACCAGCGCCAGCGGGAGCUCCUCCUCGAGCAGCAGCAGCAGUUCGGACAGUGCGGCUGGCGGCGAGGUGGUGCCGAUGCCGGGACCUGGGGAAACUCUCCAGCUACCCGGUGUCCCAGCCGCCAUCACAACGGUGAUGCGCGUCCCACCGGCGCAGUCACAGAAGGCGCCGCCGAGCAAUAGCGUUACUUUGACGCCCAUCCUGCCGCUGCCCACGUCGCCGAAGCAGCGGCAAAAGAAGCCGCGCAAGAAGAAGGCCAUAACAAGUGCCCCUAUUCUCGACUCGAGCGAUGAUGACGAACCAACGCCCAAGCAUUUGGAGCAUUCAGUUGUCUCCGUGCAAUCGCAGCCCGCGGCGGAUACAGUGAAAAAGGGACGUGGACGGCCGCGUAAGCAGCAGCAGAGCGGCGGCAGUGGCAACCUGAGCAGCGCCUCCGCCGGCAGCAGUUCCCAGACGAAGGGACCCACGCUGACGGCUGCUAAAAAGCCGCUCGCGAAGACACCGCUGGCGAUGAGCAGGGCGCGGAAACGGGAACAUUCCAGCCAGAGCAGCUCCAAUGGGAAUACGCCCACCAAAAAGGUGGCCACACCACUGCUGGUAACCGCCGCCGCUUUGAAGCCAACCAGUUUGCAAGCCGGAAGCAGUAGCUCCGAUGAGGACAGCUCUUCGAGUGCGGGUUCGAGUUCGAAGUCCAGCAGCUCUUCUUCGAGCAGCGACGACACGGAAACCCAGAACACCAACUGCCGGAUAGUCAAGCUGAACAAGACGGGCGCGGUGCAGAAGAAGGCGGCGCUGCUGGGCAGCGGCAGCAGUUCGCCGAGCAGCAGUGGCAGCGAGCAGGAAGAUCAGCUGAGAGUUGGACAGUUGCCGGCACAGCAGUUGCCAGCCUACAAGCCGCUGCCGUUGAGCCAACAUAGCCAGCACAGCCAGCAGCUGAGCAGUUCCGAGUGCUCUUCGUCGAGCGGCGGCUGCGGAGGCGGUGGCGUUGGCGGCGGCAGCAGCAGCAGCGGCGAGGAGGAUGAGGCGCGACGGGAAAAGGAGCGGGAGCGAAAGUCAAAGAGCGACAAGAACAAGGUGAACACGCUGGCCAGGAUCUUCAAUCCGAAGGAGGGCGGCGCCAAGAAGCAGGGACAGGUGGUGAUUGUGGAUCUGCAGGAGGAGCAGCAGCAGGGCAAGUUGGAUGUACCAACUGUGGUCGCAGCCACCAUCAAUGCGAAGCCACGGAUGACGCAGCAACUGGGCGCUGGUCUAGCUUCCCCAGCGAGAACGACGACGCCGCAUCUCACCUCCCUUAUAUGCAAGAUUGAUCUAAGCAAGCUGUCGCGAGAGCGCAUCAUGCGGCUCAAGAAACUCACGCCCGCCCAGCAGAAUGGCCAUCUGACGCCCAAGGAUCAGGCGGCGGCGGCGGCGAAUGCGAUGCAUGUGCCCAAUGGCUAUGACUCGAAUUCCGGGGCCACAAAGGUCAAGCAUGAGCAUCCGGUGAAACCGGAGCCCGAGCUAGACGCCGGCUACGAGGCCAAAUUCAAGCCCGGCAAUGUGAAGCAGGAGUUCCAGCUGAAGCAGGAGCGCGACCGGGACAGGGAGCGUGAACGGGAGAGGGAACGAGAACGCGAGCGGGAGCAGCCUCCUGGUCGCCGGCGGAAGCGCAGCUCCAGUUCCAGUUCGAGUCCCUACAAGGAGAAGAAGCGGAAAAAGGAGAAGGGCGACCAGCUGCAGAUGGGCAAGGAAAUGCUGCCGGUGCCCGUGCUUCUGCCCUCCAACAACCACGAGCGAAUGCCCGCGAACCACGAUCGUUUGUCCUACGACAAGCUGCAGUUGCUCCACGAAGACGCUGCUGCUGCGGCGGCGGCGGCGGCGGCGGCAGCUGCUGGCGAUGUGUCCGCCCCAAAUGGCAGUCCGAGCAAGAAGCUGCUGGCCAUGUCACCGCUACCGCCACCGCCAACCGUGGUGAACGUGGUGCCCGUGGUGCCCGCCACCUGCAACGAGGCGGUGCAGACGACGCCGCCUUCGGUGACCUCGGCAUCCACAGCAUCUAUAGCCACGCCGGCGCCUGCUACUCGUCUCAUCUAUCGAUCCUACUUUGAUCGCGAUGUGGAGCUCACCAGCGACGAUCCCAGAAAAAACAAUCAGUUCCUGCAAGAGGCCAUCAAUCGAAAGCAUGCCGCCGACUCGGAGCGCGACUCCUUCAACCAGGUCACCUUGUAUCUGGAGGCCGUGGUCUACUUCCUGCUGACCGCCGACGCCAUGGAGCGUUGCAGCUCCGAGCAGGCCACCAAUACCAUGUACAAGGACACCCUGUCGCUAAUUAAAUUUAUCUCCACUAAGUUUCGUCCCUACCAACAACAGUCAACGAACGGUCAUGAAACUCACAACAAAGUGGCCAUUCUCAGUUUGCGCUGCCAGUCGUUGAUAUCGCUGAAGCUUUAUAAGCUACGGAGGCAGAAUUGUCGCGCCAUUAUAGCCAGUCUUACGGAUUUCUUUCGCGUUGGCCGGGGGGACAUUGUCAACGGCAACACGCCUUCCUCCAUAUCACCAUCGAACUCGGUGGGCUCGCAGGGCUCCGGUUCGAAUACGCCGCCAGGCAAAAUAGUGCCUCAAGAUAUACACAAUCAGCUGUGCAAGCAGAAUGAGUAUCUGAGUUAUGUGAAUAGUGCUCACGAGUUGUGGGAUCAAGCCGAUCGAUUGGUGCGCACAGGCAAUCAUAUAGAUUUCUUCCGCGAACUGGAUCACGAGAACGGCCCGCUGACGCUGCAUAGCACCAUGCACGAGGUGUUCCGGUAUGUACAGGCGGGCCUCAAGACGCUCAGGGAUGCCGUGUCGCAUCCGACGCAUCAGUCGCAGUAGCAACGGAAUCGGAGGCGGAGACGGAAACGGAAAGACCACCAAACGUGUCUAAAUGAAAGUCAGGCCAAAUUAGCAACUAUUAUCUACUACAAGCUACUAAUUUAGUUAGUCAACAAAAGGAGUAACGAACGUAAAGAAAUCGAAACCAACAACCUUCCAAACAGAACGAAGAUAACCAACCACAACAACAAAAAACAACACAAGAAAUGAUUUGUUAUUAAUGUAUAAUUUUUUAUAUGUAUGUAUUUUGUAUAUGCACACCAUUUACUUAUUUCCUUAUGCUCAAUUUUCAAUUGUUUUAAGCAUAUUAAGCUUUAUAUUUAUGCCUAGUUUUAAUUGAUAUUAUACAAACAAAAAACCAACACACAUUACAAGUUAUAUUAGCUAUACGUCUAGUGUGUAAGAUCAAAAAACAAGUAACCAGCCCCCCUUUACCUGUCU